AUGGCUUUAGGUGUGGCCAUAAGAGGGUUCACUUACCGUAGAAAAGUAAUUGGUAUAGAUGCAGCUUGGAUCAAGACUAAGCAUAAAUGUGUGUUAUUAGUAGCAACUACACAAGAUAGUGAAUAUCAUAGUUACCCCACUGCAUGGGGUUUGGUUGAUAGUGAGAAUAACACUUCAUGGACAUGGUUCUUAGAGAAGUUGAAGGACUUGAUACCUAAUAGCUCACAUUUAUGUUUUGUUUCUGAUAGAUAUAGAAGUAUUGAACAUGAAGUUCGUCUUGUUUAUGUUAUGGCUUCUCAUGGGGCAUGUUAUUGGCAUGUAAAGCAAAAUAUAAAACACCAUUUUAAAAGUGCUGUUGGGACUAAAUUGUAUAAGAAAGCUGCAAUAGCGUACCGUAUCGAAGAGUUUAAUAAACACUUUGACCAACUUCGCAAAACAUAUCCACGUGUCGCUAAGUAUCUUGAGAAUGAUGUCAAGUUCAGAAAGUGGUCUAGAGCACAUUUUGGUGGUAACCGAUAUGAAGUCAUGACCACUAACAUAGUUGAGUCAGUGAACAGUUUGAUGCGAAAGUCCAGAGAAUAUCCAAUUAUUGCUAUGAUUGAUUUUAUUAUUAGCAAGAUGGGACAAUGGUUUUUUGAACGUCGGUGGGAAGCAUGUGCAGUUACAACUCCAUUAACACCAAAGAGGGAAGAAAUAUUACGCAAGAGAUGGGAUGAAACCGAUUCAUUGAUAACUCUCCAGUUAAAUGAGAAUGAGUACAAUGUGAUGUGUGGAGAACCAGAUGCAAUAGUAAAUUUAAGGUUAAAGAGUUGCAUGUGCAAAGUUUUUGAUAUUGAGAAACUUCCAUGUAUCCAUGCAAUAGUAGCAGCAGGAAAGGCACAACCCCAAAAUACUGGGGAACUCAUAUAUUCUAUGUGUUCACAGUACUACACAUAA